UAAAAAUAAUUACUAGAAAAAAAAUAUUGUCAUGGGAGAAACAGAUUAGAAGAAAAAAUAAUAAUAAUGUCGCAUUCUCAUCGCAAUAUGCUAUGCAAUUGCUCAGAUGAUUGAGAGAGAAAGAGAGAGAGAGAGAGAGAAUCAGAGAAGAGGAGUAAUUCAAAUUUUGCUGGAUUCAAAUCUCUUCCCUAUAUGAUUUGUGGAUGUUGAUAUAGAUAUCAUAAGGAGAGAGGGAAACUAGGAGGAUAAUGUCGGGGCUGAGCGACGGCGGGGCCGGGGAGAGGGAGGCGCUGGCGCCGAGCGCGCCGGCAGCGGCGCCGCGGGGGUCGAUCGUGGAGUCGUUCCGGGGCUGCGGGAUCGGCGGCGGCGGGGGGAGGGCGGAGAGGGAGGAGCUGCGGCAGAGGGUGGCCAUCCCCGGCCGCAUCCUGGCGGCGAUGGCGGCCGCAAUGCGGUCCAAGGACCCGAACUCCGCCGCCAAAAGCGCCGCCACCGCAGCCACCGAGGAGGAGGAGGAGGAGGAUGAGGAGGAUGCCGCCGCCGCCGCUGCUGCCGCUGCCGAGGUGGAGGGGAGGGUGGUCGAGGAGGAUCUCCCGGAGGCGCCCAUGGUGGCCUUCGUGAACUCCCGCAGCGGCGGCCGCCACGGCCCCAUCCUCAAGGGCCGCCUCCAGGAGCUGAUCGGCGAGGAACAGGUCUAUGAUCUUUUAGCUGUCGAGCCUUCGGAGUUUGUCUGGUACGGUUUGGGCUGCUUGGAGAAUCUGGCAGAUCUCGGUGAUUGCUCUGCAAGGGUCGUGCGCGAGAAGCUGAGAAUCAUGGUUGCAGGAGGUGAUGGUACAGUUGGUUGGGUGUUAGGAUGCCUGGCAGAGCUAUAUGUGCAAAAAAGAGAGCCAGUUCCACCGAUCGCCAUUAUCCCACUCGGAACAGGAAAUGAUCUUUCUAGGAGCUUCAGUUGGGGGCCUUCGUUUCCAUUUGCAUGGAGAUCAGCAGUCAAACGUUCUCUCUACAAGGCAAUGACGGGUCCAAUUUGCCGCCUAGACAGUUGGGAUGUGACCGUCUCUAUGCCGGCAGGAGAAGAAGCGGAUGUAGAACUGCCACACUCUCUUAAGCCUCUGGGAAUGUGCGCUUUUGAUAAGGAUGGAUACAUUGAGGGUGAUUUGCCAGAAAAGGUUUCUUGCUUUAAUGGAGUCUUCUAUAAUUAUUUUAGUAUAGGAAUGGAUGCUCAGGUUGCGUAUGGAUUUCAUCAGUUGCGUGAUGAGAAACCGUUCCUUGCCCCCAGUCCAUUAGCUAAUAAGUUGAUUUAUGCAGGAUAUACCUGUAAGCAAGGAUGGUUCUUUACACCAUGCAUCAGUGAUCCAAGUUUAAGAGGACUGAAGAACAUUCUUCAGCUAUCGAUUAAGAAGAUUGAUAGCUCAGAUUGGGAGCAGAUUCCCGUACCUUCAAGUGUUAGGGCUAUAGUUGCUUUGAAUCUUCACAACUAUGGGAGUGGAAGGAAUCCAUGGGGCAAUUUGAAACCUGAUUAUUUAGAAAAGAGAGGAUUUGUCGAGGCCCAAGUUGAUGAUGGCCUGCUUGAAAUCUUCGGAUUAAAGCAAGGGUGGCAUGCUUCACUUGUGAUGGUAGAGCUCAUAUCGGCUAAACACAUUGCCCAGGCUGCAGCAAUUAGAUUGGAAAUCAGAGGGGGCCAAUGGAGAGAUGCGUACAUGCAAAUGGAUGGCGAGCCAUGGAAACAGACGAUGAGCAGGGACUAUUCUAUCUUCGUCGAUAUAAAGAGGGCGCCGUUUCAGUCGCUAAUCAUUAGUGGAGAGUGAACAUGUGCACGGUUCACUCAAAUUGGAUAAGGGUAGUUCUUUUCACUCCGGAGAAAGCAGAAAUGAUCGCUUCGUAGUAAUUCCUGGUUAUUCUGAUUAUUUACGGAUAUCUAAUAACACAAUUCGUGUAGCCAAAGAGGAUUAAUUGUUCGUUUCACCGACCGAUUCCUACUCAUCAGCUGGUCUCAAUUGAAAUGCUGUAGCACACGGAUCGUAACAAGAUAACAUCGUCGAAUACUUCAUAUCUUAACUGCAUUUGGCUGUUGGGAUGACAGCGAAGAGUUUGGAGACUUUCGAAAGUCGGCGUCGUGAUGUAAUUGUAAAUUGGAAGUCGAAGAUUUGUUUACUAAUUCGUCUGUAAAAAUUUUUAUGUGUAAUCAUUUACCUUCUCUCAUGGUUGGAAAUUAUGAUUUGGUGUAUAUGAUUAUAUGAUUAUUUGUUGUAUAGAAGUGAGGUAUGACUCUUUAACUUUUGAAUGUAACUACAAGAAGAGGCAAACAAGGAGGAUAUUUAACAGGACAACCCAUUUGCCUUUGUAUGGAUUCUGAAAACAUGUCUCCGAAAAUUCGACCUUGGUGAAGAU